AUCUCAAGGUCUUCCUUGAACUAUCCAAGUUUGUUAGUUUGAAUUAGUUUACUGGAUAGCUACGUGGGAAACUAGAUUCACUGAAAACUUGGUUGUUUCCACUUCAAAAAUGUUAGCGGGUUUGUUUAGUAAUUUGAUACAUAAGCCUGAAGUUCUGUGUCGAAAAUCAAUUUUUCACUUUAUGUAUGUUCGAAAAUGUCCAUACAGCACUGAACAAGAUGAUAUCCCGUUUCAUCUCAUGGUUGAAGGUUAUUACGACAAGGCUUCAGCCCUUGUUGAACAAAAUUUGAUGUCAAAACUUCAAUCAAAAGCGCCAGAUAAUGAAAAAACAAAGAUUGUUAAAGGAACGCUUAACAUAAUUCGGCCACCUACUCACAUUUUUGAGGUUAACUUUCCACAUAAAGCCGAUGACGGAACGUUCAAGAUCAUUCAGGGCUUUAGAGCUCAACAUAGUGUGCACAGGCGACCCACUAAGGGUGGCAUUCGGUAUAGUAUGGAUGUAUGCAGAGAAGAAGUUAUGGCUCUUGCUGCUCUGAUGACCUACAAAUGUGCCGUUGUAGAUGUUCCGUUUGGUGGUGCCAAGGGGGGAAUUAAGAUAAAUCCCAAAGAUCACUCUCCGGCAGAAUUAGAAAGGAUAACCCGUCGGUUUGCACUAGAGUUGGCAAAACAAGGAUUUCUUGGUCCUGGAACUGAUGUUCCUGCUCCGGAUAUGGGUACUGGACCCCGGGAGAUGAGUUGGAUUGCGGAUACGUAUGCAAACACCGUAGGUCACAACGAUAUGCACAGUCAUGCUUGUGUAACAGGAAAGUCUAUCGCUAUGGGUGGUAUUCACGGUCGCAUUUCUGCAACAGGACGCGGCGUUUAUCAUGGGAUAGAAAACUUCUUAAAUAACCCAAAAUAUGCAGAUGCUAUUGGUUUAUCCCCGGGGCUGAAGGAUAAAACUUUCAUUGUUCAGGGAUUCGGGAAUGUUGGUUUGCAUACAAUGCGUUAUCUUGUACGAGCUGGUGCAAAAUGUAUUGGUAUUGCUGAAAUCGACGGACAGAUUUACAACGCAGAUGGUAUAGACCCACGAGAGCUCGAAGAUUGGCAAAUUGCAAAUGGUACGAUUGUUGGCUUUCCACAUGCAAAACCAUAUACAAAAGGUUCUCUUCUUUUCGAAGAAUGUGAUAUUCUUAUUCCUGCGGCAAAUGAAAAGCAAAUCCAUAGUGGCAACGCCGAUAAGAUCAGAGCAAAAUUAAUUGGGGAGGGUGCAAAUGGUCCCACUACACCAAAAGCUGAUAAAAUACUGCGGGAGAAGAAUAAACUGGUUAUUCCAGAUUUGUAUCUGAAUGCUGGUGGUGUUACUGUCUCGUAUUUUGAAUGGCUUAAAAAUUUAAAUCACGUGAGUUAUGGUCGGUUAACCUUUAAGUACGAACGAGAUUCCAACUAUCAGUUACUCAAUAGUGUACAACAGUCUCUAGAGAAGAAGUUCGCUGACAAAAUACCGAUAACACCAUCCGAAGAUUUUCAGCUUCGCAUUGCGGGGGCAUCUGAACGCGAUAUUGUUCACUCUGGUCUGGAGUAUACUAUGGAGCGAUCUGCUAAGCGCAUCAUGAAUAUUGCGAAUGCCUACAACCUUGGAUUAGAUGUUCGUACAGCUGCAUAUAUCAGUGCAAUUGAGAAAAUAUACAAUGUCUACCUGGAAUCUGGCUUUGUCUUCACUUAAUUGUAUCGUGCAACUUCAUGUUUUUAUGGUCGAAAUUACAAUUACAGCAUAACAAAAAGGAAUACACAUCAUUUGUAUCAAUAAAAGAUAUUCAACUGGCAGUUCUUUUAUGUAAUCAAAAUAAAAUAUCUUUUAUAGGCAUUGGAAGUAAUUUAGUUUUGUUUGUUUACUAAGAUAUGAGAAUGCGUUGAAUUUUUUCUAACUUUCCAACGUAGUCACGACUUCAAUAAUCCGUAUAUAUAUAAAGCAUAGCGAGCAUCAGCGAAGUCACACUUGAAGGAGCAGCUCUGGAAGAGGUGUAAACUUUCACGUACCUGAGAAGCAUCAUCGAUGGAUAAGGAGGAUCUGAUGCAGAGGUAAAGGCAAUGAUUGACAAAGCAACGGAUGCAUUCCUACAGUUGAAGAAUAUAUGGAACUCAAAAGAACUCGGUCAGUAUCAAAGUCAGAAUCUUCAAUACGAACAUCAAGACAGUCCUACUGUACGGACCUGAAACUCGCAGAAUUACUACAACCAGCAUCAAAAGGUACAAGUAAUUAUAAAUAAUUAUCUAGUCAAGAUACUGAAUGUUCGUUGUCUGGAUCCCAUGAGCAACAGUUUAUUGUGGGAGAGAACAAACAAGCUUCCAGUUAAAGAGGAACAUACAUUACAGAAAUCACCAAGCUGUAUCUUGAGGCAAGUGCUAACUUGGAAUCGUGCAUGGUAACGGAAAGGUAGAAGAACAAAGAGCAUAGUGCACUGAGAAUCGGAAGCAGAUAUGAAAAGGAUGAAUAACAACUGGAAAGGAUCGCUCAGGACAGAGUUGUAUGAGUAAUGCUGUUGAGCAGCAGUGGCCUAUGCUCCUCCAUGAGGGGUAACUGGCGCAAGUAGGUAAGUACAUUUGAUUGUCUCAUAAUGUGCGGAUGAUAUUGUCAUAUGGUAGGUGGCAUCUUGUGCACAUUCGAUCCAGACUGACAUCAGCACACGGAAGCUAAACGUGAAUUCUAAUAUUGGUUAAAAUUAGGAAACACGGCUUUGAAUUGAUUAAAGUUAUUACUCUGAAUAUCCACAGUAGCCUUUAUUAGCCAACUCGGUUAUCAAAGUUUAGAGAUAUUUAUAGUCCAUUCUUUAUUUAAAUUAUAGGCACCGAGGUUUUACUUACGCCUGUGUCCUCGUUCAUAACACUAUGACUUGAGAUAGGGCAUUGUUAAUGCUUAUGCCAUUCAAUGGAGAUGCAAAUGGACACCUUUCAAUGCAUUAAAUAAAUUCGUUUGUUAGCAGCAAAUGAGUGGCGUGACAAUCAGCUGAAUCAAUAUUUAAAAGAGGUAGAAGCUGGACUAUAUGUACCUUACGUAUUUUAAACAAAUAUUUUGUAAACAAGAGACUUUUGUCCUCUUAUGCACUAUUACGAACAUUGCAACCGCCGUAAGUAAAAGGCUUGUUUGAACAAGAAAACUAAUUUUUCAUACAUCUGACUGUUUGCUUGAUGGAACUGACCGUUUGUAAGUUUAUGUUUGCUAUCUAUUCAUAGUGUCCAUACUAUCUAUGAGUUUAUACAUUCAAACAUAAUUUACUUGUUCAACAAAAAAUGACACAUACUAUUACACCGUCGUGUAAACAAAGUUUAUUACUUUUAAUAUGUAGCUAAAGUGAAUAAAUAUAUAUAUUUCCGAAA